UAUUGUUGCUCACGACACAGGUGGACAAAUCGAAGGAGAAAUGGCGAAGAGGUGGCUACCCUUUUCGCUCCUGUUUCUAGUUCUCUCCCUGUACUGUGCUGCGUCGGCUGAUAACAGCGGCCUUAAGAAAAUGAAGAUGCAGUUUGCAACAGGACCACUUCUUAAAUUCCAAAUCUGCAUCUCCUGAGGGUAUAAGCGGGUGUUUGAGGAGUACAUGCAGGUCUUGUACCAGCGGUACCCAGACAUCCGCAUUGAGGGGGAGAACUACCUUCCUCUACCCCUCUACCGCCACGUUGCUUCCUUCCUGUCCAUGUUCAAGCUGGCACUGAUCGGACUGAUCAUUAUCGGCAAGGACCCCUUCGCCCUCUGCGGUAUGCAAGCCCCAGGCAUCUGGGUCUGGGGUCAGGAGAAUAAGAUUUAUGCCUGCAUGAUGGUAUUCUUUUUCAGCAACAUGAUUGAAAACCAGUGUAUGUCAACAGGAGCUUUUGAAGUCACAUUAAACGAUGUGCCAGUGUGGUCCAAGCUGGAGUCGGGUCACCUGCCCUCCAUGCAGCAGCUGGUCCAGAUCCUGGAGAACGAGAUGAAGAUGAACGUACCCAUGGACCACCGCUCCUAACCCUGCCUUUACGCCCCACCAAGGAUGGAGCCAAAGACCCCUCCACGUUUGAGGUGGGGUUCUCAAUGGACUGUGAGGGGAUGUUUAUGAAGGUCUGCGCUGAAGGCAGGAAGACUGCUAGCUCAGACUGGAUGUCCCCAUCGCUUCUCACCACGUCCCUACGAGAUGCCCCUCCCCUAAUGCUGGACUGGGAUCCACGGCAAACCGUGAUGGCCAUUUUCUCUACUAUUACUACUGCAGAUCAUUCAUCCUGGUGCAAUAAACGUUCAGCUUUGGCUCUUGCGCUCACAAGGAUCAAUUCAAGCUCAACAAUGUUGACUUUCAUGUGGAUGGUCAGAUUAAUAUUAAGGUCUUUAGUUAGCCACACAGAAUCGAUGUGUUUUUAUUUUGACCCAUUAUGUGUAGUAUAACCAUUUGUUAGUCUUAAUUUAACUUAGUUACAUGUAGAACAUCUUACAUAGUCUGAUCGUGAGCAUUUGAAUAAUGUUUAACAUUUAAUUUCUGAAUUCUGGUAAUUUUUUAAUCUUUGCAUAGCUGGAAGUAGAGCUAAGACGAUGAAUAAAUGUUUAAUGGUGAAAGA